AUGCUUGAUGUACGCGGCUCUCUGCCCGGCCAAGUCAAUACCGGAACCAUUAGUCCGUACAGAAGAAUCGAUCGAAGCAAUGACACUAUCGGCACAAGCGAUCUGGCUGCGGACGAACAAGUCCUGCUAGGGCCGUUCAACCAUCUCGACGCCCGGCCCGGGAAGGAAAUCCGGUCCCAAUUGAUUGAUGCGUUCGACUCCUGGCUGCAAGUGCCCACCGCCUCACUGGCUGUCAUCAAGAACGUGGUCCGCAUGCUGCAUAACGCUUCCCUCUUGAUCGACGACAUCCAAGACAAUAGCGAGCUGCGACGAGGAGCGCCGGCAGCACACCAUGCCUUUGGGACAGCCCAGACAAUCAACUCCGCCAACUAUGUCUACUUUCGCGCUCUACGUGAGCUUUCUACACUCCACAACCCAGUGAUGGUACAGAUUUACACGGCAGAACUACUCAACCUCCAUCACGGACAAGGAAUGGACCUCUUCUGGCGCGAGACAGGUACAUGUCCAACAGAAAGCCGAUACCUUGAAAUGGUUGGGAAUAAGACCGGAGGCCUCUUCCGACUGGCCAUCAGAUGCAUGUGUGUCGAAGGAUCACCCAAGCAGAGCAGCGCUGACUACAUACGGCUCGCGACCAUGAUCGGUAUUCUCUUCCAGAUCCUCGACGACUUUCGCAACCUCACAGACGGAUCAUAUACAUCCAGCAAAGGAUUUUGCGAAGAUUUGACUGAAGGCAAAUUCAGUUUUCCAAUCGUCCAUGCUAUUCGAUCGAAUCCCGGCGAUUCGUUCCUCCACGAUAUCUUACGACAACACACGGACGAUCCGGCAGUCAAAAAGGAGGCUGUGUCGUACUUGGAGCGGUGUGGCAGCUUGAUUUACACGCAGGGCGUGAUCCACCAACUUGCUGGGGACGUGCUUACUCUGGCUGAUGAGGUAGAUGCAGGACAGGGACGAGCACAGGCUCUGAAGGACAUCGUUCAAAGACUGAUGGUAAAACUGUAG